AUGCAUAAAUUUAUUUUUCCCUUUUUUUGAACUAGUAAAGGGUGUCGGGGACAUACUCUCAUUUCCAAAGCAAAAGGGAGUCUUGAUUUCUUUUUUUUUUUUUUUUACUAUUUUUCUUUAUUGUUUGUUUAAGUUUGUAACUAUGUGAUUAAUCGAAGGGGGGGCAAUCUGAUAAUCCCUCAUCAGAUGAUUGUCCAACGAAGACGCAAGGUAAGUUCUAGAACAAAAAAAGAAACCGAUGCUAAAUAAAGAAAUUUUUGAUUGAUUGGGUCAGGAAUCCCAAUUUGGAUUCGAUAUGGAGAAAAGAACUUCCUAUGUUAUACUAAUCAAGUCUCGACAACGAAUUGAUUUGAUAGAUCAGAUAUUGUUAUUCAUGAUAUUGAUCCGACAUCGAGAGGUAAUUCAUUCAUUGAAUUUACAGACGAAAGAUUUAUCGUCUCUAGGGGAUUAAAUCCCGAGUUAUUGCGAAGUAAAAAAACCAAUGAGAUUAUGGAAGUAAAUAUUCUUGCAUUUAUUGCUACUGCACUAUUCAUUCUAGUUCCUACCGCCUUUCUACUUAUCAUUUACGUAAAAACAGUCAGUCAAAAUGAUUAAUUCAAUUGCAUUUUGAAAUUCAUUUGAAUGAAACUUUUCUUCUGAGUUCUGAUCAAAAAUUGACGAAGUUAACUGAAAAGGAUUCGAAUUUCACGUCUUAACUUAGAUGAAAUGAGCGGACUAGAAUCGGAAGUAUUCUAAGAGAUGGAUCGGAUGGUAGAAGGAUUCAUCCAUUUCUUUCUUACCAUCCCAUCUAUCUCUUAGUCUAGAAAGUUGUAAUCUAGAAGGCUUAAGUUUCUAUAGAUCAAUCUCCAAUAUUCUCUUCAUAAACGCGGAAAUUAAUUCCAUAUAUUGUUAUGGGUAUGGAAUUGACAUAACACCCAAUUUGCUGCGUCUAUUUGUUCCGAUCAAUCGGAAAUAAUUCUUAUCGUAGGAUUCGAUUUCAAUAAGGAAGAGGAAACCUUUCCCAUUUUGAACGCUGAAAGCAUGAUAUGAAAUUAAGUUGAUAAAGGCUAAAUCGCCUUUCUCAAAUUAUGGUAAAUGCCCAAUAUGUGAUUUGUCCGAGGCAAGAUCUUAUGUUUCUUGUUAGACAACCACUAUCUCUAUAUCAUUUCUCAUAUAAAGUAUGUAUAUGCUUAACAAAACGACUUCUUCUUUGAACAGGAAAGAAAUCAAAAAAAGAUCUGGUCUUCCCUCACUAUCCAUCUAUACCUAUAAAGAUAGUAAGAACCCAUGAAAUAGAAAAUUUUGGUUGGAAUCAAUUUCUUUUCCAAAUACAAGCACGGGAAUCGCUGAAAUAUCUCUUUGAUUGAAAGAGUAUCAUUCAUAUCAUAGAUUACUCUAUUGGAAUCCAACUGGAUUCCAAAUUCAGAGAUUUUUUUUUAAGUUCAAAACGCGUUGCAGAACGAUCUAUAAAACAAUUGAUACGGUUUGAUUCUUCAACUCAGUUAGUAGUGCUUCUAGAGUCCACUUCUUCCCCAUACGACGAGUGAAAGGGAAAAUGUAAAGACUACCAUUAAAGCAGCCCAAGCGAGACUUACUAUAUCCAUGUGAAUUAUGUCCUCUAUCUCGAUCUCUAUAAAUACGAAGGAAUUAUUCCUCAUUAAUAAUAUUAGAAUUAUAAUAGUGGAAUCCAUAGUGCAGAGUCAAAAAGGGAUUCUGACCGAACACUAUUGAGAAACCAAUCCAAAAAAUCGAUUCUGAUCUCAAAUUGGGAAAGAUUAAACACAAGUAAAAUACGUGGUAACAUCCCAAGGGAAUGAGAACAUGUAGGAAUAAUAAAAAGAAGGUCUAUUUUUUUUGUUUUGUUGACCUUCGUAAGUCAACACAGAAGGGGAGAAAUCAAUAGUAAAUAUUGAUUGGAUACCGGAGCACUCAGAGAUUUUUGUGAGGCCGUCGUAUAGAAAGCAACCUCCGGCCCUUUCCAAAACUAUUAAUUGAAUUUUCUCUCAGGUUCUAGAAUCUGAGUCAAGACCCAGUGAUUAGACACUCCUAGUAAUAGAAAGGAAUCAUGAAGUCUUAAUAGUCCUUCGACCCGUGUAUUCGAAUAUUUCUUUGAAUCCUAGAUGUGACUGAAGAUUCACAAUCUUUUCUUUUCGAAAACCCCGGAUCACAUGCUUAGAAUCAAACAACUUUGUAUGCUUUGAGCGGGGAAGAAUUUUGCGAAUUCUAUCAGCAGAAGAGAAGCAGAGCUUUCAAGUUUUUUGUUCAUCAGGCGACACCCGGAUUUGAACUGGGGAAAAAGGAUUUGCAGUCCCCCGCCUUACCACUCGGCCAUGCCGCCAAAAUGAUAUAAAAUAGAUUAAAUUUUUCCCGAAUUUAUGAAUUUUUAUUGUACUUUCAUUUUGAUUCCUGUUUUUCCUAAUCCUUUUACUAAAAAAAAGAUCCCUUUUUGAUUGUAUUUGAUCUAUCCUUCCAGUAUCUGAAAAUACACAAUGCUAAAAACAUUUUAUCGCUUUUCUAUUAAGAAACCAAAUGUGUAUUUUCAGCCGAAAAAUUGGAACCAGUAACUAUUGAUUGCUUACUUUAAAUUCAGGAACAAUUCUGGGAUUGGAAUCUUAAAUUGUGUUUUCCUAAUGACCUAAAAAAAUUCCAAUUGAAACAGAACCAAUUAGUAUUGAUUUUUUCAAAAAAAAAAAUCUGUUUCAAUUGGAAUUAUAACAAAACAUAUGAGCAUAUGUAAACCCUAAAACCUAAAUUCUUAGAUAGAUAUCUAUUAUUUCGAUAUGUUGUCGGUAGGGAAUUCUAAUAAAAUUAUCCUACUUCGCUUCAAUUUUGCAUUGAAUCGAAAUGCUCUUUUGAUAGAGCCCAACUCGGGCUAUUCCGAAUAGAACCGGCAAUAAAAGAGACGUCGGAUAUUCUAGCUAUCUGCAUACAUGUUUAUUAAAUGCAACCCUUCUUAUAUUAUACACUUCAAAUUGUAUUGGACUCACAAACACAAAUAAUUAAAGUAGAAAUAUCUCUCUUUUCUGAGAAUCGUUUUUGAACAACGAAAUCCCUAACAGACUAACAGAAAGGUAGUUAAGUGCUAAGGAUUCUAUCUGAUUUUUUUGUCUUUGUCUCCGAAUCUUUUGAUUUUUCUAAAAUUCGAAGAUCUAAUAUCAUAAUAAUGGUCUAAUUUGAAGCAUUUUCUUUUUUGUUUUGCUAUUCUAUAUAAAACCCUAUGACCUUAAUAAUUAAUAAGUAGAAUUCUGUUUCUAGGAUUUUUUAUCAAUUCCUUUGCAUUUGGAUCUGUUGCAACUUACAAUUUAAGUAGAAAAUUCUCUUUAUUCCUCUGUUCAUACGUAGUUCAUACAUUUCAUUCCAAAUAGAGAGUUGGGUCAAAUUUCAUGUGAUUCAGUAAACAGAAUCGAAAUUCCAUCGGUGCUAGAUCGUCGAUCUAAUUCGAUGAAGAAUGUACUUAAUAUUAAUAAUAGAAUGGGAUUUUUUGAUAAAUGGGAAAUUCAAAAUGCUGGGGGAUGCAAAUGGGGCAAUGUCUACAAUACCUGGGUUUAAUCAGAUCCAAUUUGAAGGAUUUUGUAGGUUCAUUGAUCAGGGUUUGGCAGAAGAAUUUUAUAAGUUUCCAAAAAUUGAAGAUACAGAUCAUGAAAUCGAAUUUCAAUUAUUUGUAGAAAGAUAUCAAUUAGUAGAACCGUUGAUAAAGGAAAGAAAUGCUGUGUAUGAAUCCCUCACAUAUUCUUCUGAAUUAUAUGUAUCCGCCGGAUUAAUUUGGAAAACCAGCAGGGAUAUGCAAGAACAAACUAUUUUGAUUGGAAACAUUCCUCUAAUGAAUUCCAUAGGAACUUUUAUAGUAAAUGGAAUAUAUAGAAUUGUGAUCAAUCAAAUACUGCAAAGCCCCGGUAUUUAUUACCGGUCAGAAUUGGAUCAUAACGGAAUUUCCGUCUAUACUGGCACCAUAAUAUCAGAUUGGGGAGGAAGAUCAGAAUUCGAGAUUGAUAGAAAAGCAAGGAUAUGGGCUCGCGUGAGCAGAAAACAAAAAAUCUCUAUUCUAGUUCUAUCAUCAGCUAUGGGUUCGAAUCUAAGAGAAAUUCUAGACAAUGCUUAUUAUCCUGAAAUUUUUUUGUCUUUUCUGAAUGCUAGGGAGAGAAAAAAAAUAGGAUCAAAAGAAAAUGCCAUUUUAGAGUUUUAUCAACAAUUUGCUUGCGUAGGCGGGGACCCGAUAUUUUCGGAAUCCUUAUCUAAGGAAUUACAAAAGAAGUUCUUUCAACAAAGAUGUGAAUUAGGAAGGAUUGGUCGACGAAAUAUGAACCGAAGACUGAACCUUGAUAUACCCCAGAACAAUACAUUUUUGUUACCACGAGACAUAUUGGCAGCCGCUGAUCAUUUGAUUGGACUGAAAUUUGGAAUGGGUACACUUGACGAUAUGAAUCAUUUGAAAAAUAAGCGCAUUCGUUCUGUAGCGGAUCUUUUACAAGAUCAAUUCGGAUUGGCUCUGGUUCGUUUAGAAAAUCUGGUUCGAGGAACUAUAUGUGGGGCAAUUCGGCAUAAAUUGAUACCGAUUCCGCAGAAUUUGGUAACUUCAACUCCAUUAACAACCACUUAUGAAUCUUUUUUUGGUUUACACCCCUUAUCUCAAGUUUUAGAUCGAACUAAUCCGUUGACACAAAUAGUUCAUGGGAGAAAGUUGAGUUAUUUAGGUCCUGGCGGACUAACAGGACGAACUGCUAAUUUUCAGAUACGAGAUAUUCAUCCUAGUCACUAUGGUCGUAUUUGCCCAAUUGACACAUCUGAGGGAACCAAUGUUGGACUUAUUGGGUCCUUAGCAAUUCAUGCGAGGGUGGGUCCUUGGGGAUCUUUAGAAAGCCCGUUUUAUGAAGUUUCGGAGAGAUCAACAGGGUUACGAAUGCUUUAUUUAUCUCCGGGUGGAGAUGAAUACUAUAUCUUAGCGGCGGGAAAUUCGUUGGCCUUGAAUCAGGCUAUUCAGGAAGAACAGGUUGUUCCAGCUAGAUACCGUCAAGAAUUCUUAACUAUUGCAUGGGAACGGGUUCAUCUUCGAAGUAUUUUUCCCUUCCAAUAUUUUUCUAUUGGAGCUUCCCUCAUUCCUUUUAUUGAACAUAAUGAUGCGAAUAGGGCUUUAAUGAGUUCGAAUAUGCAACGGCAGGCAGUUCCGCUUGCUCGGUCCGAGAAAUGCAUUGUUGGAACUGGGUUGGAACGACAAACAGCUCUAGAUUCAGGGGCUCUUGCUAUAGCCGAACGUGCGGGAAAGAUUAUUUCGAUAGAUACUGACAAGAUCCUUUUCUCGGGCAAUGGAGAUACUCUAAGCGUUCCAUUACUUAUGUAUCAACGUUCCAACAAAAAUACUUGUAUGCAUCAAAAACCCCAGGUUCAGCGGGGUAAAUGCAUUAAAAGGGGACAAAUUUUAGCAGAUGGUGCUGCUACAGUUGGUGGCGAACUUUCUUUGGGGAAAAACGUAUUAGUAGCUUAUAUGCCAUGGGAGGGUUACAAUUUUGAAGAUGCAGUACUUAUUAGUGAGCGUUUGGUAUAUGAAGAUAUUUAUACUUCUUUUCACAUACGGAAAUAUGAGAUUCAGACUCAUGUGACAAGCCAAGGUCCUGAAAGGAUCACUAACGAAAUACCACAUUUAGAAGCCCAUUUACUUCGCAAUUUGGACAAAAAUGGAAUUGUGGUCUUGGGAUCUUGGGUAGAGACGGGUGACAUUUUAGUAGGGAAAUUAACGCCCCAAAUCGUGAAAGAAUCAUCGUAUGCUCCCGAAGAUAGAUUGUUACGAGCCAUACUCGGCAUUCAGGUAUCCACUUCAAAAGAAACUUGUCUAAAACUCCCUAUAGGUGGUAGGGGCCGGGUUAUUGAUGUGAGGUGGAUCCAGAAAAGGAGAGGUUCUAGUUAUAAUCUCGAAACGAUUCGUGUAUAUAUUUCACAGAAACGUGAAAUUAAAGUAGGCGAUAAAGUAGCUGGAAGACACGGAAAUAAAGGGAUCGUUUCCAAAAUUUUGCCUAGACAAGAUAUGCCUUAUCUGCAAGAUGGAAGACCCGUUGAUAUGGUCUUCAACCCAUUAGGAGUACCUUCACGAAUGAAUGUGGGACAGAUAUUUGAAUGUUCGCUGGGGUUAGCAGGGAGUUUGCUAGACAGACAUUAUCGAAUAGUUCCUUUUGAUGAGAGAUAUGAACAAGAAGCUUCCAGAAAACUAGUAUUUUCUGAAUUAUAUGAAGCCAGUCAGCAAACAGCGAAUCCGUGGGUAUUUGAACCCGAGUAUCCAGGAAAAAGCAAAAUAUUUGAUGGAAGGACGGGAAACCCUUUUGAACAACCCGUUCUAAUAGGAAAGCCUUAUAUCUUGAAGUUAAUUCAUCAAGUUGAUGAUAAAAUCCACGGACGUUCCAGUGGACAUUAUGCGCUUGUUACACAACAACCCCUUAGGGGAAGGGCAAAACAAGGGGGACAACGAGUAGGAGAAAUGGAGGUUUGGGCUCUAGAAGGAUUUGGUGUUGCUCACAUUUUACAAGAGAUGCUUACUUAUAAAGCGGAUCAUAUUAGAGCGCGCCAAGAAGCACUUGGUACUACAAUCAUUGGAGGGACAAUACCUAAUCCUGAAGAUGCUCCAGAAUCGUUUCGAUUGCUCGUUCGAGAACUACGAUCUUUAGCUCUGGAAUUGAAUCAUUUCCUUGUAUCUGAGAAAAACUUCCAGAUUAAUAGGAAGGAAGUUUAA